AUGCCAUUUUCAGAGAACAUUUGGCAGCGAGCCAAAAUAAAACCACCCGAAAGACGAUUACUUAACAAAGAAGUUAAAAAGAAAGUAGGGAUAGAUAAUUAUGUACAUGUGACAGUUGAGUGCAAUGGAUUGAUAGGUGACAAGAAAUGCCGGGAAAGAGGAAAAAAGGCUUUAAAAGCACUUUUCGAAGCAGUGAGACUUUGGUCUUUUUUCUUGCGCUACCUAACAAAAACGGUUUCCAUCCUAGAUAGUCAUACACUGCGGUUUGGUUCAAGACGGAUAGCGUCCCCAAAUCUGUCUCGGCGUUGUUCCCUCUCGGAAUCAGUAUUUGGUGAAGAGGAUUAUGAUAGCAUUUUUGCAGAUAGCGACUCGGCCUCUGACAAUGAUUUUGAAGAAAACGAAUUUGCGGCUUCUAGAUUUGAAGAAAGUCGACAGCUAUAUUCUGGUGGCGAGGAAGAACAUUCUAGGGUUUUGCAGCAAGACAUUAUGCAAUAUGGACUUGAACUUUCAAACACAGAAAUGUUCAAAGAAAAGGAAGGUAGACCUUUUUACGAUAAAAUGUCUUCAGUGGAAAUAUUGGAAAAGAAAUUGAAAGACAAUCCACAUCGGUUUAAGCGUUGCAAAUUCAACGUACGAAAUUCUCAUGAAUCUCUUUGCAACAUCCUUGAUCUACCCGAUAUAGAUGGUUUGGAAGAAAUUCAGAUUUCUGGACGAUCUAAAGCUGGAAGAGUUUUUGAUGGGGAUAUUGUCUUGGUAGAAGUAUACAAUUAUGUGAAGUACAGAGAAGAGUUCAUAAGUCGAUAUCAGAGAGACAUUAAUAGAAACAACAAACUGCACAGAAUAUAUGGAAGAGUUGUUGGUAUUUUUGAAAGGAAGAAUUACAAAGAUAUUGCACAUCCAGUUUUUGUCUGUGUGUUAGACGAAACUUCAAACUUUCUUGUGAGACCUGUGUGUAAAACAGUUCCAAAACUGAACAUAAUUAACGAUUACAGAAAUCCCAACAUCAUUCUUGUACAUAAGUACGACAAGGCUUCCUCAACGAUUAAAGUUCAGAGUCAAUUCAAAAUUGAUCCAAAAACUAUAACGAAUUUUACUUUCCUGGUCGUAUUUAUCAGAUGGACUGAUUUCCAUCCUUAUCCAUUGGCUGCAGUUAUCAAAGUCAUUAGAAUCGAAGAAAGCAAGUCCUCUGCUUUACAAAUUCUUCGACUUCAACACCAAGUGCCCAAAUACUAUCAAAGAGAUACGGUUGCCGAAACUGAAGAAAUUCUUCGUGCAUUGGACACAGAAAGGAAAAGGUGUGACGAAGAUAGAGAAGACCUGACUGCUUUGCGAGUUUUUACCAUAGAUCCAACAAAUUCCAAAGAUCUCGAUGACGCACUGAGUAUUGAGAGGGUUGGUGAAAACUACCGCAUAGGGGUUCACAUUGCGGAUGUUGGAGCUGUCAUAAAGAAAGAUGACGCUAUAGAUUUGGAGGCCCAAGAGAGAUCUUGCACAUUUUAUCCUGGACAAGGUAUUAAUCCUUACCACAUGUUACCCGAACCAUUCGCCUCAAACAUAUGCAGCAUACUUCCAGGGGUUCCAAGACCUACAAUCACUGUUUUCUUCACUGUAAACAAGAAAGGGAUAAUGGUGAAAAAUUUUGAAAUAAAGAAAACUAUUGUAAAGUCAUCAAAACAAUUUACCUAUGAAGAAGUACAAAAUAUUAUAAUGAACAAUGUUGGUCCAGUGUCGGAAUUGGACGAAGACAUUUUAUUGCUUUUUAAAAUAGCCAAAUUUAUCCGAUUUGCAAGGAUUCAAACUGCCAUGUUUUCUUUACCAAUUGAAACUAAAUUGAACGAAGCGAUAGCAACAUUGUCGACUUCAAGAGAGGCACAUUACCUUGUUGAAGAAUUCAUGAUAUUAGCAAACGUUGCAGUUGCGCAAUUUUUGAAGGAAAUAUUUCCUGAAGUGAUACCAUUACGUUGUCAGCAGGCACCAUCAAGGGAUUUGAUAGAAAAAUGGAUUUACGAAAAUAGUCCAGUUGUACACAUGGUGCUCCGAUUGCAAGGUAUUCAUACGCAAAAGGACCAAGAGAGCAUAGGUUUACAUCAAGUAAGUCAUGUUCUCAGAUAUAGAUAUGUCAUGGCAAUUCAGAAAUGGGUAUGGGAAAAUUUGUUCGAAAAUAUUAAAAACAACGAUCUGGACACAGCAGAAAAGCUAAUUUGCACAGACGAACUUCAUCCGAUGCAAUGCUUAGCUCUGGAAGACUGGAUAUCAUUUCAAGAAACUGCUUUCUACAAAUGUAGCGGAACAAAUAAAAACGCGGAUGAAAUUAUCCAUUUUUCGUUAAAGAUGAAUUUUUAUGUGCACUUCACGUCACCUAUAAGAAGAUACCCGGACAUAGUUAUUAAUCGUCUCAUUCAUGCAGCGCUGGAAAACACAGAAUGUCCUUAUUCAGUAGAGGAUGUGUCAAAUCUUUGUGAAGGAUUCAACAGUAAUAUUCGCCGAGCCAAACAAUUUCAGAAGCAAUGCCAAAUGAUGUUUUGGGGUCUUCACUUGAAAAAGACUCCAAAAGUAAUGCAUGGUAUUGUUAGAGAACUAGCGGAUAAGUCAGUAUCGAUAAUUAUUCCAGGUUUUAGAUCACUACCAACGUACUGCAAAGAACUCCCUUUGAAUUUACUACAAGUGUCCAGUAAACCAAAAAACAUGGAGCUUCACGAAAACGAAUAUUUAGUUCUACAAUGGUUAAGACGACUUUAUGACGUAAAUGGAAAACCAAACGCCAGUUGGCAAAAGUUAUCAUAUCGAGAAAGAGAGACUUUUAGUAAAAAGAUAAAUCCAAAUUUAACAACAAAAUUUAUACCACAAGAAACGUGGAAAAUAUUCCUUUCGGCGGUUAUAAAAAAUAAACUUCCAGAACUUCGACAAUUUCUUCUGGAAGGAGGGACCGAAGACUUAAACUUACUAGGAGAUGGAUAUAACUUUAUUGAUGGUUGUCAUGAAACGGUGUUUGACCACACAUCUGAGGUCGAAAGUGGUAAUGUUAUUAAACAAGCCUGUGAAUAUAGCAUGACUUUUACACGGGGACAAGUCUUUUGUGUUCAGCUCUCUGCAGAACCCCACAGAGGAAUAUUUUCUCCAACAUUACAAUUGUUCGAUAUGACCUCAAGCAUAAAUUAUUGCCUACAACACACUCGUGAUCCAAUUAAAUUUCUUUCUAGUUAUUCCUCAUUAAAGCCAUUACAGAUGUACCCAUCCCCAGUAAAGUAUUUAAGUAUUUGGCUCCCGUUAGUAGAAAUGGAGGCAGUUACGUCUGCCGUCGAUGAUGAUUCUAUUUCAAUUAAUAACGUUCAAGUUACAUUUGAAUCUAAACGUAUUGGGCAUUUUAUGUUACAUAAAAGAUUUACCGAUCAAAGAGAUAUUGAUUUUAGCGUCAUGUCAGAGAAAUUUGUUUUACAAGGGGAAGAUGAACCCGAUCGAAAAGAAUUUAAUAAUACCAGCUUUUUGUGUAUUCGAUCAAAGCAUAUGAAUAAUCAGCCAGUUGGAACAAAUUAUUCUUUGUCCUACAAUCCAAACGAUCGAAACUAUUGUAUACUUCAUGCUCAAGUUACCAGGGUUGAAAAGUUAGACAAGAAGCCAAAGUCGGAGUCUGGGGCAGAAAAUGGACGGCAAAAAAAUUCAAAAACUGUUUUGAAAGUUCAUUUCAAGCUUCAUCCUGACAGCUGUGCUCCCAGUGACGCCAUGCUUUAUACCCACAAUCCCUCUCCCUGUACAAUAGAAAUCAUUCCAAAAUCAGAGACAGACACACGAAUUCAAGUCGCUCUGGGAUGUAUUAGCCAAUCGACAGACGUUGCCAAAAAGAUUGCAUUAAACCAAAAAGGAGCCAUACGUUUAAAUUCAUGGUAUUCCGAUAUAGCGUCUAGAAUGAAUGUGGAAGUGAAAAUUCCAAACAUUGUGCCAAACAAUGAAUUCCAGAAAAACGCAAUUAAAAAAUCUCUUACUUCUACAUUUAGCCUAAUCCAUGGACCUCCUGGUACUGGAAAAACCCACACGGGUAUAAAACUUGUUUAUCUAUUUGACAAAAUUAAUUCCAAAAUGGAAGAGCAAGGUCACUCCAGAAUGCAUGUCGUUUUUUGCGGACCAAACAACAAGUCUGUGGAUAUGGUAGCCAGGUGGAUGCUUCAGAAAUAUGACAAGGAAUGCCCAGAUAUUGUUCGACUAUAUGGUAAUUCUCUGGAGUGUAAAGUAUUUCCAAUACUUGGUAAAUAUUUCUCAAAAAGAGCUUCUUCAAGGGAAUACAAACCGGAUCCAGCGCUGAAAGACGUAUCUGUGCAUAAUUUAAUCCGGUUAGAGGAUAAACCUUUUUCCGAGGAAAUACGUCGAUUCGAUGAACUGUUUCGCAAAUACGAUUUGGGUGAAUACGAGCCCACAUUGGCUGACUUAAAGAAGUACAGGAAAUUGACAAGUGAGGCAACACAGAUGGAAAUAAUGCAACAUCACGUUAUUUUCUGCACAACCGCGGUCGCUACAAGUCCAAGAUUUAUCAAGGCACUCUCUGGAGAGAUUCGUCAAUUAAUAAUAGACGAGGCAGGGAUGUGUACAGAACCAGAGAGUGUUGCCGCUGUCAUCGCCACCAAAGCAAAGCAGGUGGUUCUUAUAGGCGACCACAAACAACUUAGGCCUGUGUUAAAGUCUUCUCAUGCAGCAGAAUUGGGUCUUGAAAAAUCUUUAUUUGAAAGAUAUUCAGAGAGGGCAACUAUGCUUCGGAUACAAUACCGCAUGCACCCAGGGAUAUGCGCGUUUCCCUCGAAUGAAUUUUACGAUGGAAGACUUUUGACGGAAUCAUCUCCAAAGUGGGACAUUCCAAACCCUUUGAAGAUAUGGGUGAACAGAGAUAAGAUACCAAUUGUGUUUUGCCAUAUAGAAGGAGAGGAGGAAUUUCUGACAGUAUCUACUGAGGAAGGAAAUGAGCAAUCUUGUAGCAAUAAGCAAGAAGUAGACCAAGUGGUCAAAGUUUUGACUUACUUGAUUGAGAGGGAGAAACUUGAUCUUACCGACAAAGAAAACCUGAAUAUAAUGUCCCAGUAUAAUGCUCAGUGUCAUCAGAUAAGAUUAGCUGUGUCCAGUAUAGCAGAGGGGAUAAAUGUCAAUACAGUAGUAGCAAGUCAGGGUGGAGAAUGGAACUACGUAAUUUUCAGUACAGUACGGUCUUUACCACGUUAUCGUAUCGAAGGCAAUCCUACUUUGGGAUGGCGCAAGAAGAGUCUAGGUUUCAUUUCUGAUGAUCAUCAAAUCAACGUUGCUCUCACCAGAGCAAGACGUGGUCUUAUUAUCAUAGGAAACAAACAUUUGCUAUCCUGUGACCCCGUGUGGAAAAAUCUUAUCAAUCAUUAUGCAAGAUUGGGUUGUGUUGUUGAUGAGGGUGAAGAGUUUCCCAGACCUGUGUGAGUACGAAACUGGACAGCAGCAUAC